AUGGACACAUUCCAGUGCCCCAGGCCAGGCCUCCAACACCCAACAUGGACACAUUCCAGUGCCCCAGGCCAGGCCUCCAACACCCAACAUGGACACAUUCCAGUGCCCCAGGCCAGGCCUCCAACACCCAACAUGGACACAUUCCAGUGCCCCAGGCCAGGCCUCCAACACCCAACAUGGACACAUUCCAGUGCCCCAGGCCAGGCCUCCAACACCCAACAUGGACACAUUCCAGUGCCCCGGGCCAGGCCUCCAACACCCAACAUGGACACAUUCCAGUGCCCCAGGCCAGGCCUCCAACACCCAACGUGGACACAUUCCAGUGCCCCAGGCCAGGCCUCCAACAGCUGGUCGCCCCAGGCCAGGCCUCCAACAGCUGGUCCCCCAGGCCAGGCCUCCAACAGCUGGUCCCCCAGGCCUCCAACAGCUGGUCCCCCAGGCCAGGCCUCCAACAGCUGGUCGCCCCAGGCCAGGCCUCCAACAGCUGGUCGCCCAGGCCAGGCCUCCAACAGCUGGUCCCCCAGGCCAGGCCUCCAACAGCUGGUCGCCCCAGGCCAGGCCUCCAACAGCUGGUCGCCCCAGGCCAGGCCUCCAACAGCUGGUCGCCCAGGCCAGGCCUCCAACAGCUGGUCCCCCAGGCCAGGCCUCCAACAGCUGGUCCCCCAGGUCAGGCCUCCAACAGCUGGUCCCCCAGGCCAGGCCUCCAACAGCUGGUCCCCCAGGUCAGGCCUCCAACAGCUGGUCGCCCCAGGCCAGGCCUCCAACAGCUGGUCGCCCAGGCCAGGCCUCCAACAGCUGGUCCCCCAGGCCAGGCCUCCAACAGCUGGUCCCACAGGUCAGGCCUCCAACAGCUGGUCCCCCAGGCCAGGCCUCCAACAGCUGGUCCCCCAGGCCAGGCCUCCAACAGCUGGUCCCCCAGGCCAGGCCUCCAACAGCUGGUCGCCCCAGGCCAGGCCUCCAACAGCUGGUCCCCCAGGUCAGGCCUCCAACAGCUGGUCGCCCCAGGCCAGGCCUCCAACAGCUGGUCGCCCAGGUCAGGCCUCCAACAGCUGGUCCCCCAGGCCAGGCCUCCAACAGCUGGUCGCUCAGGCCAGGCCUCCAACAGCUGGUCCCCCAGGCCAGGCCUCCAACAGCUGGUCCCCCAGGCCAGGCCUCCAACAGCUGGUCCCCCAGGCCAGGCCUCCAACAGCUGGUCCCCCAGGCCAGGCCUCCAACAGCUGGUCGCCCCAGGCCAGGCCUCCAACAGCUGGUCGCCCCAGGUCAGGCCUCCAACAGCUGGUCCCCCAGGCCAGGCCUCCAACAGCUGGUCCCCCAAGCCAGGCCUCCAAUAGCUGGUCCCCCAGGCCAGGCCUCCAACAGCUGGUCGCCCCAGACACAGGAGAUGCUAAUGUUGCUGUAGCAAUA